GCUCGCUGUGUGUGCGUUUAUGUGUACAUGUGUGGUUGCGGGCGUGUGAGGAGGAAGAAGAUGAUGUUGUGAUGCAACAGAGAAAAAUGUUGGAGUGCGCGAAUCAGGACAGUAGAAAGAAGUGCAGCCAGGGAGAGAGAGAGACACGGAGAAAAUAUAAUUUGCGGAGUGGUCAGGGACAGAUGACACAGGCCGAGGUGCAGAAAAAUGAAUUGAUGUGUCCGCUGGUGACCACAUCGGGCGGUCAGCACUACGAGCCCAUGGUGCUCCGUGAUGUGACCGCGAUGAUGGAAAAGAUGCCCCCACUUCACAGAGGAGGCAAGGUGUGGCUGAACAAAUUUUUAGCUCUGAUGAGUGGGCAGAGCUGUACACUCGGUGACAUGCGCCAGAUGUUGGCAGGAGCAUGCUCUCUAGUGCAAUUGCAGGCAAUUGAGGAAGCAGCAGGCACAGCGAGGCUGGGGAGGGAGGUGCCCUUGCCACAAGUAGCAGCGCCCCUGUUUGAAAACAUUAAAUUGACUUUCCCACAACCCACCGAUCUGGCCCCCACUAUGUUUCCUUAUGAUGUGAAAAUGUCACCUGCACAACAUUAUGUAACAUGUGUGGAAAGUUGGAUUGAAACCACAGGUCGACAUCCAGCUCUCACGCACGAGGCAGAGGUGCUCUUCCGAACGGCGCUGCUGGAUGGACUUCCGCCAGAUGUGAAGAAGCAGCUAAUGUCAGAUCCUGACAUUCUGGCUCCUCAGGUGGUGGGGCGCGGAAGGGGCCAGUUCCGGGGCGGAUACAGAGGCCGGGGAGGGAGUGCACCUGCUUACCCGGGGAGGGCAACAUACAAGCCCCAUUCAACAAAUGCAUGUUUCAUCUGCGGCGAAACCGAUCACUGGGCAAGAGGAUGUCCACAGUAUCGACCACGCGGAGCCACCCACCCAGCCGAAGGCCCGCCAUACCAACCCGGAGCGCCGAUGCAACAGGCAGGAACAGCUCCACCCGGUGGACGGCCCUGGCAACAGCCACAAACGCACGGAGGUCAGUACUACCAACAUGAUGAUCUCUGGUGUGGACAAUUUGAAUAGGGCUGCCCGGGGAGCCAGGAAAGCAGUGGCCCGGCGGAGCCAAUGCUUCAUGUGACAGUGGAAGGAAAACCUGUGAAGAUGCUGGUGGACACGGGAGCAACUUAUUCAUCAAUAAACACUGCCCUUCCUGUAUCCUCACUGUCAAAGAAAACAACGACUUUAGUCGGCUUCUCGGGACAACCACGUACUCUGCCUUUCACCAAACCACUUGAAACUGUGAUCACCCGAACAGGGUGUAGACUGUGGCACAAAUACAUCCAUUCCACAGACACUCCGAUCAAUUUGAUGGGAAGGGACUUGCUGUCAGCCGUUCAAGCCAGAAUUCUGUGUGGGCCAGAGGGAGUGAUUAUUCAAUUUCCAGAUGGCAUCAGCAUCCAGUGCUCACAGCAGCUACAACAACAUGGUCAGUGGCUGAUGGCGCCCCUACCGGCAGAAGCAGAAACUGCAACCAUCUACUGGGCCAGGCUGGAGCCAGAGACCCCUGCUGGUGGCGGUGUGUUCUCGACCUACCUACUGUGGAAGCCCUGGAUCUGCUCACUGGCGCCAUACCACCCACCUGUUGAUCCUUUGCAUUGCACGCUAUAUUAUGACCGAAAAAGUGAUGAUGUUUAUCGGGAUUUGUUUGAAGAAAUUGAAGGGCACAUGUGGGAUUUAACUUCAUCAUGCAUUUUGAUUGGUAAAGAGGGAGUUGCAGCAGCUACUGAAUUAACACCAGAACAAAUGCAGUGGUUCAAAAUGACAGAAAAAGGGGUACCACACAUUUCACUAGCUCUUGCCCCAGGUCAUGAAGCCAGAGAAUUGGGCUCAAUGGUCAAACAUUUGUUGCUGCAAACCGACUGGCGGAAGACACACAUCCCUAAUUUGUACUGGUCAGAGUCUCAGAAAGCUUACCAAAUUAAACAACCCAUGGUAGACUCAGGGCUGCUGGAGAUGAUGUUGGUAUCUCGCACACAUGGCAGGGUGUUAACUGAUCAUGCGGUCUCCUCGUUUGUCGCAUCGGCGGCAUUCACGUUGACUCCGCUGCGACAAACACGAUUGUUGAAAAUAUUGACUGCCCCAAAUGUCAACUAUGUCCAUUCCGGUGUGAACAUGGCCGAUCAAUUGUUGGUGGGACCCCAUGAGUGUGCAUCAAAGGUCCAGACGGUGACGAAAGUCCGACCUGACCUCUAUUCCACUCCGCUCGGGCACGGUCGGGUGGCGUUUACAGAUGGCUGCUGUUGGAGAGACAGGAUGGGCUCCCUCCAUGCGGCCGCGGCGGCGGUCGAGUGGAGGGAUGGCUCCUUCCAGCCUCUUAAAGUGAUGAAGCUCAACACCCACCCAUCAGCCCAGGCGGCGGAAGUCUUUGCUCUGGUGUUAGCUUUGCGACAAUGCAAGGGGGAGGCCGUGACCAUCUAUUCUGACUCCGCUUAUGCGGUGUCGGCGGCUUUGAUCGAUCUGGUAGGGUGGCUACAGAAUGGGUUCACGACGGCCAGAGGCUCGGAGAUUGCGCACAAGGAUUUGAUGUUGCAGUUGUUUGAGGCGUUGAAGUACCCGAGCGAGGUGGCCAUUGUCAAAGUGCCUGGUCACUCCAAAGCUGACACUUUAGUGGCUAGGGGGAAUCGAGCGGCUGAUGAAUUGGCCAAGCAGACGGCCGGGUACGGCGGGGCAGAGGACAUGAUGGUGUCCCGCGGUCCACUAAUUGUGGACGGGGAGCACCCCGACUCCUGUUUGCCUCUGUCACUCUCGCAUGCCGAUCUGUGUGCCGCCCAGGGUGCCACCUCCCCGGAACAAAAAUCGGUUUGGCUGGCAGCAAAGGCUGUCAAACGAUCAGAUGGCUUGUGGGUAGGACCCAAAGGACAGCCAGCUCUUCCGGAGGGAAGGCUGAUGUCGGAGAUCCUGACACAGGCUCACACACCUUCCCAUGUGGGUCCCCAUGCCAUGAUGAUCCAUCUUCGAAGUUGGUGGCAUCCCAAACUCUCGGAUGUGGUCUGGAAAUUCGUUGCAGAUUGUGAGUCUUGCCAGACGUUCAAUGCACGCCCUACGUUGAAACCAAAGCCCGGCCUGUUUCAGCCGGCCCCGUGGCCGGGGGCAGAGGUGAUCAUUGAUUUUACCGACAUGAGUACAAGAGUGAAUGGGAAACGCUUUUUGCUUGUGAUGGUUGACGCUUACUCAGGCUGGCCUGAGGCAUAUCCGUGCUCGAAAGAAGAUUCUACUGCUGUGAUCAAGGCUUUGAUCACCCAUUACAUCCCCACGCAUGGUUUCCCGGCCCUGAUCCGCUCUGACAAUGGUACACACUUUAACAACAAAGCCUUGGCCAAGGUAGAAUCAAUUUUGGGGUUGAAGCAUCGAUUCGGCUGUGUCUACCAUCCUCAGAGUCAGGGCGGAGUUGAACGUAUGAAUCGAACACUGAAGGAGAAAUUAGCCAAAAUUAUGGCUCAAACGACAAUGAAUUGGCUCCAACCGCUCCCGCUUGCCUUGUUGUCUGUGCGGCAAUCCGUUAACAGGCGCACUGGAUUCGCACCAUUUGAAUUGAUGACGGGUCGUCUAAUGCCGGGACCAGCAACGACGCUCGUCCCACCAGAGGAUGUUACGGUACCAAAUUUGUCUCAUGCAGCAUACUGGUCCUAUUUGUCUGCUUUGGUGUCCAGUGUUUCUGCACAGAUUGGAGAGAAAUCCGCUGCGGCUGCGGCGGAGGAAGGCGUGUCAGCGGAGAAACAGCUCACGCCGUACGUGUACGUCCGAGUCAUCUCUAGAAAGUGGACGGACCCCCGGUGGAAGGGCCCCUUUCGUGUCUUGGCCAGGACGUCUCACGCGGCCCAGCUCGACUUCAAAGGACGCCGGUGGUAUCACUACUCACAACUCCGUCCGGCCCCAGAGUUUGUUCCGUCAGGAUGAAGGUAUUCCUGUUUGGCCGUGUCCCGGACCCGGCCAAAAGGGGGGGAACAGAAGGAACAAUACGGAAAAGGAAAGGUUUUUGGGAAUUUUCAGAAUUAUUUUUAGUAGGAGUGCUAUGUGUGAGUUGUCUUUUUGUGUGGGCAUUGAUGACAAUUGAUGAGACCAUCCAGCAGAAAACGUCCCAAAUUCAAAAUUCACCCACCAACAAACAAUACCGAUGCAGAGGAAAAGUAGUCUAUGAAGCUGAGGUGAACACAACAGAAGAGCUCUCACGAGAGGAACAGGAAGGUUUGAGACAGAGAUGUGACAGCAAAAAUUGGCAAACGUAUGUCACGUUGUCUAAUUGGACAGAGACCAACCAAACCUUACAUGACAAAUUGGAAAAGUACCAGAGAAGGGUGUGGAGGAACCAAAUUCAACAAGUAAAGAGAGUAUUGGAUUUAGCCCCACCCGAUAGAGAAGGGACAUGUAUUUACCAAUGUAAAGAAGAUGGACAGUUUGUUGUUGCUUCGUGUCAUGGGAAAAAAGAAAGCCCAUUUUUGACAACCAUGUGACUCAACAAAAUAUGACAUGUUUAAAGUUAAACGGAACCGGCAUAAGUAUUGGGACAAUAGAUCCCACAUGGUGCAAAGUCAAUUUGUCACUGAAUGUAACCUCUCCUCUCUCUCGUGCAGACAUCUGGUUGUGGUGUGGUGAUGACAAAUUAUAUGAUCGCUUGCCGAAGAACGCAUCAGGUAUCUGUGCCCUCGUGUCUUUGAUAAUGCCUGUGGUGGUUGUCCCCAUUGAAAUACAGAAUCUCAAUUGGGACCUGGAGUUCCCACUGGCGGAGCUCCUGAAGCGAGCCAAAAGAGACGUUUUGCCCCCGUGGUUGAACGACGACGAUCCAACAUAUAUUGACGCUAUAGGAGUGCCCCGGGGUGUACCAGAUGAGUAUAAACUCGCUAAUCAAGUGGCUUCGGGAUUCGAAAGUAUCUUCCUAUGGAUCACCCCCAAUAAAAAUGUAGACCGCAUUAAUUACGUUCAUUACAAUGUCCAACGACUGGGUAAUUAUACAGCUGAAUCAUUCGCCGCAGUUCAUGAACAAUUGGCUGCAACGUCGUUAAUGGCGUUCCAAAAUAGAAUUGCGUUGGACAUGUUAUUGGCUAAGGAACAUGGUGUAUGUGGAAUGUUUGGUGACGCAUGUUGUACUUUUAUCCCAAACAACACGGCACCAGGGGGCCGACUGACCAGGGCGUUGGAAGGACUAAGGACACUGAACAAAAAGAUGAAAGAUCAUUCAGGUGUACACACCGAUAUUUGGUAUGAUUGGAUGAAAGCGUUUGGAAACUGGAAAGGGCUCAUCAUGUCUGUGCUUGUUGCUGUGGCUAUUUUCACUACAAUCAUGAUAUUAUGCGGUUGUUGUUGUAUUCCAUGUAUUAGAUCACUCACUGUCCGGUUGAUCGAGAAAACCGUUGGCCCGUUGCCACCGAUGGGGCAAUAUGUCCUGUUGACUCAACAUGAGCCGCAGGGGGAAGGAAGGAUCGACACCACGCUGGUGGCUGUUUGCUAGGGUAACGGGUGAUGACCUCAUAAAUGAGGUCAUGAGAGGGAAUAAAGGGAAAUGUGCUUUUGGGAGUUUGCAAACAUAUUUUAAGGUUGUGUUAAACUUAUAAUCAUAUUAAUAUCUAGUAUUGGAGUGCUCGUGUGGAUUGGUGGGGCCGAGGAAUGUGCAGGCAAACUGUAUGAACUUGUUUUCUCGGAAGUGUUGUGUAUAGUUCUAGACAGGGAGUACCGGACGAGAUAAUCUCAAGGUCGGUGAGCUACGAGAACAACGAGCAACUAUAUGAAACCAGACUUCGAGGGGAAAACCAAACCGUCUGACCUCAGCGACACCUGGACGGGGAGGAGAUGGCCAUCCACCAAUCAUCUCACAAUAUUUUGCAUGCUUUAAUAUUCAUAUUGUGUUUCUUUAAAACUGGGCAACCCGGAAGAAUGUGUCGUCUUUUGGUGGUCACAAAAACGCACGAGUUUUAGUGUGAGGGACCCGGGACCCAGGCCUGUAUUAGUGCGCUUUGUCAGGAAUAAAUAAUUGGUAAAUUUGG